AUGCUAAAGGAGCUGGAAACCACAGGAUCAUUUCAGACCCUACAGCAUGCUGUAGUUCUGGAAAAAGAGAAAAAAACUAAUUUCUACAACACAAUAGACAGGGAGCAGGAAGGGAGAAAAAAGAUCAAAGCAUUGCAGAAGCAGCUGCAUGAUGUAAGACAGGAGAAGAAAGUGGAGCUGCAGAGCCGUACUGAACUAAUUGCUUACCUCAAGGAUCAGCUACAAGAAAUGAAAGCUAAAACCAACAUGGAAGGCAAGUAUGUGAGGAAGGACACAGAGCUUCAAGUGUCCCAGACACAGACAAAGUGCAGUAUAGCAGAGUCACAGCUGCAGGUGGAGAUUCAGAAGGUUAAAGAAAAGAUGGAUGAGGAGAUAAGAGUUCAUGUGGAGAUUGAAAACUUCCUCAGGCAGCACCAACAAGAAUUGGAGGAGAAGCUGGAAUACUGGAUGGAGAAGUAUGACAAAGACACAGAAGAAAAGCAAGCUGAACUGAAUGCUUUGAAAACAGCCAGAGUCAAUGAUCUCACAUUGUUGCAGGAUCUGGCCAAGCAAUAUGAGGAGUAUGAAAAAGUAAUUAUUGAAGAUCGUCUGGAGAAGGAGAAAGCACAGGAGCAGAAAAAACAGGAGCAGGUAGAACUAUCCAGUGCCAUCAAGAUCCAAGCUUGGUGGAAAGGCACAAUGGUACGGAAAGGCCUGGGCCCCUACAAGAAAUCCAAGAGCAAGAAAGGCAAAGAAAAGGGCAAAAAAGGCAAAAAAGGCAAGGGCAAAAAGGGAGGAAAAAAGAAGUGA